ACUAUCACCACCUCUACUACUACUACUACUACUACUACUACUAUUAAUACACUACUACUACUACUACUACUAACAGUACUACUACUACUACUAACAGUACAAGGUCUGCUAGUUAGUAUCCACUAAUAAUAGUGGCAGUGGUAGUAGCUAUCACAGCGGCAACUCGUUAUGGUCGUAGUGUAAAUGACAGCUGCUACUGUUAUUAUUAUUAUUACUAUCAUUAUUAUUAUUACUUUUAUUAUUAUUAUUAUUACCAUCACUAGUCGAGCUGACGGCUGUCAUUUGCUAGAAAAGGAUGACUCUCUUUUAUUCGCUGAUAACAUACAUAUAAUAUAUAUCUUGGGUUUAUUGCCUCAGAGUAAUGGAAUACUUAUCAUAAUGACAGCUACACCUAAAUAUAACAAGAGGAGGUUUUAUUGCUUGCUAGAUAAGCAUACCUGACAUCUGUGGUGUGAAGAUGGGGAGCUCUUCAUCGAAAUUCCGGAAAUAUUUGCAGAAUGGUGAUGAGAUAGCUGCUCUAAAUGUAUACAAUGGUAACAAUGAGUUUCGUAAAUCACUGGAUCCCAACAGUUCUUAUGGUGACUCUUGUAACCAUGAGACACCUGUCCAUUAUGCAUCAAGGCAUGGUAUGAGAACAUUACUACGGAUAUUUCUUCAUAAUCAUCACGGGAACCCCAAUAAGACGAAUUCUCGAAAAGAAACAGCUCUUCAUUAUGUGUGUCAAGAAAGAAACAGUCAGUACUAUACAGUACGCCAAAGACGAUGUGAUUGUUUGAACCUUAUCCUUCAGUGGAGGGGUGCUACUCUCAAGGAUGGUCAAACAGAAAAAGUGGAUCUAGCAGCCCAAGAUGAAAAACUGAAUACUGCUUUGCAUUACGCAUCUUCAUCAGGUCUGAAAAAUUGUGUCGAGUUACUUGUACAAAAUGGAUCUCCGUUAUUUAUAGAAAAUGUAGAUCAACUGACACCUUGUGAUAUUGCGGAAAAAAAUGGACAUGGAGACAUUGCUUUGUUUUUGGAAUCAAAAAUGGUGUUCUCUAAUGAAGGUUCCCAAGAGGAUCAUGAAGAGGUGGUUAUUCCUGUUAGUGAUACAGAGGAAUAUAGUGGUCUCCGUACUCAAGACUUACAAGAAGUAAAAGAUCAGCUGCUAGUUGAGACAGCUGAUAUGUUGAGUGUCCCACUCUUUACUGCUGAAGCUCUCCUUAGAAACCAUGAAUGGUCCCGAGAAACUUUAUUAGAAGCUUGGAUGACUGAUCCUUUUGCAUGCUGUGAAAAAUGUGGAGUAACCCCUCCACCAAGUCUGUACAGUGAUCAGCCAAUACUUCCAGAAACUCUCAACAGUCCAACCACUUCCGAACCACCAGAGCAAGACGCUAUUUGUGAUAUAUGUACCUGUACAUUUAUGAUGUCAGAAGAACCAGUUCAUAUGCCUUGUGAGCACCGAUUUUGUCGUUCUUGUUGGGAACAAUAUCUCAAUUUAAAAAUUCAAGAAGGUGAUGCUCAUCAUAUUACAUGCCCUGGUUAUGACUGCAGUCGACUUGUACCUGUUGAUGUGAUAGAAAAUGUUGUGUCAAGACCCAUGGCCAGACGCUAUUUACAAUUUGAUAUAAAAGCUUUUGUUGAUAGCAAUCCUUCUAUGAAGUGGUGCCCUUACCCAGGUUGUGCUAGAGCAGUUCACCUACCAGAAAUUGAAAAUAACACAGGAUCUAAUUCAUUACUGUCUACCGUUAAAAUACCAGAAGAUACUUCUCGAGCUGUUGACUGCGGGAAUGGUCAUUAUUUCUGUUGGAAAGAUCAUUUGGGAAGAUUUGGCACCAGUGGAUUUCCAUGUCUUUCGAUCUCUUUCAAAUGCUAUGCACAGAGUUUCAUUCAUGCAGAAUUGAGAGCUUGGUUGGAUCAAUUUUUCAAGUCGAAAUCGGGUGAUUUCCACCAACAAGUAAAUGGAACUGAAGUAGAAACUGAAGCUGCUGCCAACUGCUUAUGGCUAGUGACUAAUUCAAAGCCUUGCCCCAAUUGUAAAUCUCCCAUCCAGAAGAACGAAGGAUGUAACCAUAUGAAAUGUUCUAAAUGUAAAUAUGAUUUCUGCUGGGUCUGUUUGGAACAAUGGAAACGUCACAAUUCCAGUACUGGGGGCUAUUUUAAAUGUAACCGGUAUGAAGCUGUCAAGAAAGUUGAACAACAAACUCAGUUACUAUUAUCAGAGGCUCAAGCCAGGAAUACUCAAAUGCAAGAACUCAAUCGGUUUGUUCAUUUCUAUACUCGAUUUAAGAACCACGAAAAUAGCUACAAGCUUGAAGUACCACUCCUGAAUACUGCUAAAGAAAAAAUGAUGAAGUUAGCUGAAGCUGUGACUGAUCAUGUAUCUGCCAAAUUGGAGACCAAAUUUGUUGAAGAUGCUGUUCAUCAGUUGUUGAAAGCAAGAUGUGUUUUAAAGUGUUCUUAUGUCUAUGCAUACUAUUUGGAUGGCCCAGGCUACAAAAAAAUAGUGUUUGAAUGUAUGCAGACAGAGUUGGAAGAAUGUACUGAAAUUUUAUCUCAGAUAGUAAACCGUCUUUAUCUGCGGACUCCACGUAGAAGAAUAAUUGAACAAGCUCAUGUAGUUCAGCGUAAGAGACAUGAAUUUAUUGCUGCAAUUGUGAAAGGUUUGGUACCUCCUGAAACACCACCAGCCAUGCGAAAACGCAAAAGAAAAAAAUAUAGUAUAGAUCUGGAAGAUGAAGAACUACGUAAAGCUAUCUUGGCAUCUAUUCAAGAAGUUGAUCCUGCCAAUCCUUGGAUAAAAGAUGCUUCAGGUCGACACACCAAUGUCAUGGCUGUUCUGGACUGGCCAGAUUCAGACAGUGACAGUUCAGAAGCUGAUACGACUGGAACCUCACUGAAAUCUAUUGGGAAAUGUUCCCGUUCUGGCUGCAGUCGUCUUCAGGCUUUGAAUCCUCGGACUGGAAUCUUACAUGAUCACUGCAGUCUUCAUUGCUUGCAUUUGGAUCACCAGAAGAAUAAUAGCAAGCAACAAGAUGGCUUACCUGAAGUGUUCCUUGAUGAACAGAUGGAACUGUUAAGAGCACUAGAAAUGUCCAGAUUGCAGUACAUGAGAGAAACUGGACUUCUCAACAUUCCACAAGCAAAUUCUGAAAUUGAUAUCAACUCCUUAGAUGCUCAAGAUAAUGGUUUCUCCACUGCUGCUCCUAAUCCAGGCUUGAAUGAAUCUCAUGAUACCAAUAUGUCAGAACCAUUAACUACUAAUCAAACUGACCAAAAUUCUACAACUGAAUUCAGCCACCAACUUCAGACCAUGCUGUCCAAUAUUUUAAAUGAAGCUGUAGAACAAAUGCAGUCUAAUUCCUCUGAUGUGUGGGUUAAGAGAGAUUUGUCCAAAACAGAAAAUGUGGAUCCUGCAACACCAGUAAAAAGUCCUAGCAGCAAUGAGAACAUCCUUUCAAGAUCCUGUAAUUCCAAAAUGUCAUUACAAUCCGAAAUUGCAACUGAAGAACUCGAGCAACUCGGAGCUUAUGCAGGAGCCCAAACAAAACCACUACCCGUAUCACCCCCCUCCACUAACUCUUGUUUUGGUAUUAUAAAGGAUUUAUCAGUAACAAAUAUCCUUGCUACAGAUGAGGAUAAGACCAAUAGCUUUUUGAAUAAAGACUUCAGUUUUGGCAUGAAAAAAAAUGAAAUUAGCACCCAAUUUCAAGAUGCUUCAAUCUCUCAGAGUCGUUCAAAAUCUUUUGACAGUUCAACCGAGUUAAAUCAGUCAUUAGAUAUUUCAGCUAAUAACUGUUUAAAAAAAGUUGAAAUGACUGCUGACUGUAGUGAUGGAGAGAAUGAGAAGCCUACAGGUAAAUCAAACUUUGUUGAGAAAGCCCAAAAUACAGUAAAACAUUUCGACACAGAUUGUGUGUCUUUGUUAGAAAUAUCACAAAAUUUAUUACACAUGACUGAGUCAUUAUUCGAAAAUAGUGAGCAAGAUAUUGCAGUUGAUUCAUCCACAGAAGGUCCUAAUGAAACCAACACAUUUAAAUCACCAGAAGCAAGUACCAGAGACUUAAUUGUUAACGAUCUAAACACAGUGAGGAAUGGUAAUGAAGAUCAGGUGGAUGAAGGUUAUGGUAACCAAUGCACUGCUUCCUGUGAUCCAGCAGUGAGCCAAGAGGUAACUACAAGACCAAAUAACACUACCAAAGACCACAAUGAGGAAAGCAAUGGCCAAUAUUUUUCUGUUUAAUGUAUUUCUUUGAGAAGGAAAAAAAAAAAAGAACAAAAAAAAAAAAACAUGCCUAGCAUUGAAAUUGGUGAAUGGGUUCUAUAGAGUAUGGAAAUUUAGAAUGUAAUGCUUUUGAAAAUAAUAUUGCAUGUGGCCUGCAUUUCUUAAUUUUGAAAAAAGGUUUUUAAUGGUUGUAGAAGGCAUUCAUGUCGGUAAACUUAAAAACAUUUACCUCAAUUGUGAUUUUUGUAUUGUUGAUAUUAUAUCAAAACUUGUUGUGUACAAACAAACCCUAUAUAUAUGUUUCAAAUUUGAUGAGAAUCUAGACUGCAAUAUACCACCUAUUUUGAUACCAGCCUCUGUUUCUAUGGUCAUUCAUAUUUUUGCAUUUUGGUGAAGAAAUAAAACUAUCUCUCAUUAUUGCCAAGUUUUUCCCCCCCCAAGUCACUCAUUUUCUCUGUUUACUCAAAAGUAAUCAAAGUAAAAAUACUCUUAACUUUG